AGGGAACGGUCGGAGUCGCGAAACCUCUCGUUUUUUGAAUAAAAUAAAUAAAUGUCGAUUAUAAAAAUCACUAAUUUAUAAUUGGAUGAUGGAAAAACCUUUGAGGUAGUGAUUAAAAGUGUUUUUAAAGUGAAGUGCAAUAAAAACUAGUGACUAAGUGACCCGAGUGCGAACAAUUAUGUUAAUGACAGUGUUAGAUUUAUGUGAAAGGUUAAGUGUUAUCGAAGGUGCGUGCAAUAAAUGUCAGUAGCUUAUAAUAUUAUUAAGUAUUGUUGCUGUACGCGUGACAUUAUUUGGAGGGAAAAUUUUGUAUUCGUAGGCGGAGCCUCCAGCACGGGGACACGUGACACGGAAACUGUCACGCCGCCCUUGCCUCUUUCCCCUACUUCUUUGACAUCAACAACAACAACAUCUACUACUACUACUACUACUACUACUACUACUACUACUACUAUUACUUCCACAUUUACUACUACUGGUACACUCUAUCAUCACUCUUCUACCUCACUCUGUCCCGUCAGUUCCCUCUUUGCCACCCUCCUGGACAGAGACCCCACUCCGACGAACGAAAACGACCGAGUGAGUCGUCGCGUCUCUCCGGAAUCACCGCAGCGUCACAUAAAAUGCGACCACGGGACUCCGAACCCCUUUGUCACCUCCGUCGCAGCCGAGCCAGCUUUUAAUAAAAUAUUUUAUUCGGACAAAAACAAAUUUAUUUAAAUCAGGAAAUGCGACAGGCACAGAUUGGCCUCGAUUGCAGGCCAGACUCACUAGCGUCCUUGGAAAACAAAGAGGGAGACGUAAAAAUAAAACAAGAAGUGAUAGAUGUCGCGGAAAUAAGUCCUGGAGUGAGGAUCAAACAGGAACUGGGGGUCUCGAGAAUAAAGACUGAGGAGGAAAAUUACAAUGAGCUCAAUGGUUACAAUGCAGUAGCUCCAGAGCCGAAGCACUUCGAUAGAAAAGGAGACGAGAGCAUUGGGAAUUUUGGCCGCGUACCAGGUCAGUACCCGGUGAUGCAGCAUCCGGCUUAUCGAGCCGUCGGCGGACCGGGACCGCCAAAUAGUUUUGGUUUUCCCCAUUUCUUUCCUAAUUCGCUGACUUCUUCCUCGGUCCCCACGUCGCUUCACUCGUUCCUCGAUCCAGCGCAGACCCAAAACCUUUCUUCGGCAACAGAUCACGAAAAACACCUCAGCGAGAUGAACAAGCUCCAGUACAACAGUCACAAGUCCAAUUAUCUGUAUCAUCAGCAGCGUCAAGACAAAUUGAAGGACCUAAAUGAGUCACUCAAUCGCGAGUACCGGAACUAUCACGAGCAUCAGAAAUUGCUCGAAAUGUACCCGCCGUUUCGUGCACCUCCCGAGCUCUCCCAUUUCAUCCAACAGCAGCAACAACAUCAGCAGCAUCAUAAUAACAUGAGAAGUUUGUAUUCGGGUAAACAUUCGAGGAAGUGGAACAACAAUUUAGCCACGAGAUUACUGCAGCCGACAUCCGUGGGCUCGUGGUUCGCGCGCCCAGAAACUCCAAUAAACUCAUCCUCGUCUCCAGCCUUGGCCGCAUCCUCGCUGAGAAAUCACGUCGAUCUGACGAAAGCCGCAGAGCCGCCAAUUAAUGGACGAAGUAUCCACGGACAAAUACCAACAAUUUGCACAUCCAUCAGAUGCACGCUGACCGGCUGCACCUGCGACUCGUUCACUCCCGGGAAGCGUCACCUCCGCUACUGCGACAAGUGUCACCACGGCUGGGUCCUCCACGCGCUCGCGCGACUGUCAAGCCUCCAGCCGACUCCUCUUAGUCCAAGCAGUGGUGCAGCGGCAGCAGCAGUAAGAGGCACCGACGUCAGUGGAGGGGAUGUCGCCACCAGCCCACGAUGUCAUGGUAGGGAGGACAAAAGCGCCGGAGGGAGGGUAGAAGUACGCGACGGCGAGCGUGGAGGUGGAAGCGGCGACUCCGGUGGUGACGGUGACGUCGGUGGUGGUGGCGAUCGCGGUGCCCAUGGUGGGGACACCGCUCGCGAGGUCGCGGAGAAGGAGGAGAGUCCACCGGCUUCAGAGACUGUCGAGCCGACGGCCGUGUUUGACGUCGCAUCCCUCGUCCUUUACGGCUCACGCGCGCUACCCAUUCGACUUAAGAUUUUGCUCGAUCAGUUGUUUAACCAGUUGCCUCACGCGAAAGUGACACGACUUCUAGCCGCUUUCGGCUGGACACACGAGGAUUACUCCAGAGGAUACAUACUGCAGGACUCGCAGAACGGCCCACUGCUGGACCGAUGGAGUAUCUGUUCAGCUGAGGAGGAGCCGCUGGUGCUACAGCAGUUCCUGAGAUUUCCCGAGACGCGGCCUCUAGUGCAGCAGCUACUGCUGGCUGCUGGAACAACUUCGUCUACGGAUGCUAUGUCACCGAGUAGACGACCGUCACCGCCGACUAUGCCAUUAGCACACUUGCCACCAUCGAUGCACUUAUUACACUGCCGAUUACCGCAUCCUGGUUCACGAUUAGCGCCCUCGCUGCCACCAACAACUUCAUCUCAUCUCUCCAUGUCGCCGUCCGCACAGACAAAACACUUUACGCCAGCAUCAACCGCAUCUUCAUCAGCUGCCAACACUCCGGGCAACAAUUGCAUCACCACAUCGCCGCCUCGCAGCAUCGAGUCUUCGCAUUUGGCUUCGCCUCUAAACAGACUCCAGAACAUGCAGCCCUUCGAUUUGCGUGAAUUUGGUGGCCUCGGAUUGGCGGGAUUCCCGCCGUUGGGUCCACCACCUCUAGAUCAGCUGAUGCAGGCCAGAAAAUCACUGCGUCCGCACCCACAGAGUCCACACAGUCCGCCGCAUCAUUCUACUGCUCAACUGAGGCCUCCGAUGCCAGUAGCGCCGAUCUCCACUACUGCUCUGGCAUUCGGUCAUCCUCUAGCUGUUGCGGGAUCAUCUGGAGCUCUGCCUCCAAACUUCCCAGUCAAUUUUUCUCAUCACGCGAUGGGAAAACUCAACACCGUGUUAACGGGACAAGCUAGUGCUGAUGUAUUCAGCGGCGGUGAGAAGAGCAUCAGUGAAGUCGGCUCCGAGACAGAAGACGACGAUGAGAACUCCGGCAGCGCAUUGAAUUUAAGUAGAAAAGAUUCUGGAAGACAUGACAAGCGAUCCAGACCUACAGUAUCUAUGCAAGGAACUCCGGCUCUCAGCAGACCCCAGGGAGUUCCUGGCAGAAAAUCACAAUCUCCUGGCAAACGCAGCCAGUGGGGAACUACGUCAAACUUACCCCCAAACCUGGGCACGCCUUUCAUAAACCCUGCAACGGGUAAAAAACGUGUCCAGUGCAAUGUAUGUUUGAAGACUUUCUGUGACAAAGGAGCACUAAAGAUUCACUUCAGUGCAGUCCAUCUACGAGAGAUGCAUCAGUGCACCGUCAAAGGCUGCAAUACUAAAUUCAGCUCGCGACGAUCACGAAACCGUCACAGCGCAAAUCCAAAUCCUAAACUACACUCGCCUCAUUUGCGUCGCAAGAUCUCUCCGCACGACGGCCGCUCAUCAAUGGCCCACGCUCUGGUGCUGCCGCAACAAAUAGGGCUGCCCGUGCCGGCGAGUGGACUGAACCAUCUUCCCUUCGGUUCAUUUCCUCUGCUGACUCCGCCACCAGAUCUUCGGUCACCCGCGUCGCUGUGCGCGCUAGACUUCAAACACCUGGAUCUGUCGUCGACCCAAAGCCAAGUUAUGUCUUACGACGAGGCGAUUCAUCAGCGAAUGAUAACCACCACUGCAGCCACGACCAUCCCGUCGACUGGCCCCUUCUCGGCGUUCUCAAACACCAUCACCACCAGCACACACAAUAAUAUGAGAGGGUCAUCCAGCACUGCAAGUACUACUGGCGGCGCGUCACCGUCAUCACAAGCGCCGUCAAUAAUACUCGAGGGCGAAGAAGACGAAGACGAUGAAGAGGGCAUUGUGAUUGUUGGAGAUGAAAUGGACUCAAUGGACGCCACAAUGGUCGGUCGUUCAUCGCGAAACGAGGACGACCGAGAAUCGACAACUCAACCAUUCAAUCUGGCAACAAAACGACCGAAACUAUCAAUCGGCGAAGCAGGCGAUGAAGAUCUCGUUAGUAAUGCUGACAGUGUAGAUGACACCGACUCAAUGGGUGCUACUGAUCACCACUCAGUGUCUUUCAACAACAACGGCCCUCAUUUCCAGCAUCAACAUCAGCAGCAGCCACAGCAACAACAACAGCAGCAGCAGCAGCAACCCAAUGCCGCUGCAGCUGCGGCAUUCAAUAAUCGUGGAGUGAGAAAAAGAAAGUCUCAGCAUCCAACGAGGUGCGCAAUGCCCACAGAAAUACACUCGUCCUCGACUGACGGGGAUUCUUCAAACGACGCGGUCUUUCAAGACCAACCAGAAGACAUGUCAAUGUCCCGACUGGAGGCCGAGCAGCAACGCAAGGCCUCGCUCUCACCAAGCAUCUCCAAUGCCACCGACAAUGAGUCGACUCAAGUGGCCGAUAUCAAGGAGGUGAAACAAGAGAGAACCUCCGAGACUGAUAACAAUCUAGACGAUCAACAUCAACAGCAAGACGAACCGAGAGACUUGAGUUCACGAGCCAGCAGUGUGAGGUCACCAAAAAGAUCUCACUCACCUGAACCUAAACGUGAGCCUCGUUCUCCAUCAGCGUCGCCGACUGCAGCAGACGAGUCUGAGUCUGCUCAGUCAAAGUCCAGGCGCUUGAGCAGCGAACCCGAUGAUCCAAAAGACGAGAAAGACUUGAGCGGCACCACAGCCGAGUCCACCAGCUCUCACACCACCAGCAUCGCCCCUGUCCAGGUCAAGGAGGAGCGCUGCGAAGAGUCAAACGCCGAGGGGUCCAGAGCAACAACCGAUCCUGAGGAGGAGGACGACGACGAUGUUGAGGAUGAGUCGAAGGACGAGAGCCGUCUUAAAAGAGAAGGUGAGCGUCCCGAUGUAUCCUCCCGUGCCCCGAGCUCGGUCGACAGCUACCCGACUGCUAACGACGAACUCUCCCUCGACUCCUCGAAUGCUUUGCGUCAACUCGAGUCCUUGUCGCAGGGUCGCAUGAUGAUGAUGGGUCCAUACACCGCCGGUUCUGGGAGCCAUCAGCACCAGCAGCACCACCACCAGCAGCAGCAUCAUCAGCGAGGUUCAACAUCGAGGCCUGGCCGCAUCUCCACCAGCCCUAUCAACAUCAGCAGCCUCUCUACCAACAUCACCACCAGCAGCAGUCCGCCAUUGAUGAUGCAGCAGGACAACAACAGCAACAUGGACAAUUACUCUCGUGGCUCGCGCUCGUCCAGCGCCUCGCCCUCCACAGCGGCUACGGAUACGGACAAUAGUCUCAUCACGUACGCAAGGUACGAAAACGGUGGGUUUGUUAGUACCCAAGAGGUACCAUUAGACAGGGACAAUCCUCGGAGGUGCACUGCCUGUGGCAAGGUCUUCCAGAACCACUUUGGUGUUAAAACUCACUACCAAAACGUCCAUCUGAAGCUGAUGCACCGCUGCAGCGUGGACGGCUGCAACGCGGCCUUCCCGUCCAAGCGCUCUCGCGACCGACACUCUGCUAACCUGAACCUCCACCGCAAGCUCCUGUCCACGUCAUCCAGUCCGCCGACUUCUUCAAGUCUGCCACCGAGCCUGUCACCGCGCAUGGACGAGCAGAUGAGCCCGCUCCUGCACAACGACUUCCUUGCGCGACUGUACGCCGACGCGAGCAUCAGUAGUCUAGGCGGCUAUGGUCUCCCCUCAGCAGUUGAUCUCGCCGCGAGAAUUCCACCGCCACACCUUCUGAUGCCGCCGCACUUGAGCCCUUUUCCCGGGCUCUCGUCCUUCGCUAGCCACCUCGCGGGCCUCAACGGUCUCACGCACCAGCACCUCAGCCAACUCAACCAGCUAAGGCUCAAUCAAGAGCCUCGCAGUCCUUCGAAAUCGCUGUCAUCACCCGCCACCUCUCCGAUCGGCUCCUCGGACGAUAGAUCCACAGAGGAGGCCGUCAGGUGCACGAUAGCCGGAUGUGAUCGCGUCUUUGGAUCCCGUGCAGUACGAGAUGCUCACUCCCGAGAUCCUCAAGCUCACCGAGACCUCCCAGUUAUAUCGACGAGUGCCAGUGGCUCGUGACCAACGUCCGCGUAUCCGCUCGCGAUCUCCCGCCGCGGCUACGAGCAACCUUACCCGUAAUCCCGAAAUCUGACGUGGCGAAUUCAAUAUAUAUAUAAAUAUAAAUAUAUAUCUACAUAUAUAUAUAAAUAUCCUUAAACACUGUGGGAUGGACUGGAUCUACUCGUUCUCACUCACACCCCGCGCACAAGAUCGCAGCCCGAUUACGAUACAUCAAAACCAUUUGUAUUUUUUUAUUAUCUUACUUUAUAACUUAUGUAUUAUUAUUAUUAUUAUUUUUUUUUUUUUUGACCUUUUUUCGUAAACUUUUACUCAGUCUUAUCGUACUUUAAUGUUCUCCGUACGUACUCGAUUCGAAAUAACGAUACGCGGAGUUGUGUUUCAUCACCCCACGUUACAACAAACUCAAGCGUGAUUAAUAAAAAUAUAUAUAAAUAUAUAUAUAGUGUUUUAAAUACUUGAAACUAUCUUUAAUGAAAUAAUAAUAACAAUAAUAAUAAAUGUUUUAAGAUGAAGUAGCGAGAGAUAUUUAUUGUAUUAAUUCCGAGAAUCGGAAUUAUUGAGAUAAGAAUUUUAUCAUCGUUGUGAUUACGUACACUAGUGUACGCUAAUAUAUAUAAUCAUGCUUAGCAAUACUCUGUAUAUACUUAAUCAAUGAAUAUUAUUAAUUAUUAAUUAUUAAUUAACAUAAUCGCGAAAAGUUCUCAUUAAAGUAUCUCGCGGUUUUUGUAAAGAGUCCGGAAAAAAUGGCAGCUAAGAUUUUAAAAAAAUAAAUAAUAAAGAGAGUGGGUAUUAUUGCAAUGAGAUUUAAAAGUUUUAAGAGACUGGUGCCACUUCUCUGGUGUAGAUUAAUUUAAUAAAUGAAUAAUUAAUUAAUUAAGUGACCGAGGAAAAUUAUAUAGAUAAUUAUUUAUUUGUUUUCUUUAGGGAUCAUAAUUAAAAUAUGAUCUGCGUAUAACAGGCGGCCAGUAGCGGGCACUGCCGCACUAAUAAUAAUAAUUAUUAAUUAAUAGAUAAAAAAAUAUAAUAAUACACUUCCUACUGAUAAAAAAUUCAGUCAUGAUCUUAAAAAAAUUUAACACUAGAUAAAAAAAAAAUUAUCCUGAAAUUAACAGACUAACAAUUUUGGGAUUUUUUUUUGCAACAAAUCGAUGAUAAAAAAAAAAAAUAUGCGCAUGUAGAAAAUAGAAAAAAAUACAAGUGCAAUUUUUUAAAAUAUUUUUUUUUUUAUAAUUUAUCGUUUUUUAAAAAUUUUAAAAGUUAUUGGACGUCGGCUGACUCACGAUUCUGAAGUUGACAGACUUAGAAUUUUGGGAUUUUUUUUUUCAACAGAUCAAUUCCAAAAAAAAAAAAAAAAAAAAAAAAUGCACAUGUAGAAAAUUGAAAAAACUAUAUGUGCAAUUUUUUAAAAUAUUUUUUUUUUUAUAAUUUAUCGUUUUUUUCAAAUUCCAAAAAUUAUUGGACGUCGGCUGACUCACGAUCCUGAAGUUGACAUGAUACUGAAGUUAGCAGACGUCUAAUAAUUUUUUGAUAUUUUUUAGACGAUAAAACAUAAAAAAAAAAAUAUUUGACAAAAUUGCACCUGUGGUUUUUUAAAUUUUCUACAUGUGCAUAUUUUUAUUGGAUUUUUUUGAAAUUUAUUUGUUGAAAUACGAAAAUUCAAAAAUUUUUAAAUGUCUGCUAACUUCAGUAUCAUGAAGUUGACAGACUUAGAAUUUUGGGAUUUUUUUUUUAACAAAUUAAUUACACAAAAAAAAAAAAAAAAAAAAAUUGCACAUGUAGGAAAUGGAAAAAACUAUAUGUGAAAUUUUUUUAAAUAUUUUUUUUUUAUAAUCUACUGUUUAAAAAAAAUCCAAAAAUUAUUAAACGUCGGAUAAUUUCAGUAUUAUAAAAAAAGGCGUGUAAUAAUUACUCGAUAUUUUAAGUAAACUCUCGCGAUCAAAACUAAUUACACUCUUUGCACUGCCUGUCAAAAUAUAUCACCAGUUUUUUUUAAAUUUUCAAAAAAAAAAUGUCGCCUUUGAAUUUAAAUAAAAAAAAAUAAAUAAAUAAAUAAAAAAGCUUCUGCAGUUCGCUAUAUUUUUCCUCGACUGUAUAUAUGUUGGUUAAUUUUAUUAUAAAUAAUAAGUUAUUGAAAUAAGAUGAAAUUAUUUUUUAUUUAAAUUAAAUGGUUUUUUUGCUAUUAAUGUGUUCGCAAAUAAGUUGUUUAUUUUUGUGGAUUUAGGAUUAAGUUUUAGAUUUGAUUAUUUAGAUAUCGAAGAGUAUGGUAUAUAUAGAUAUAUAUAUCCAUAUAUAUGUAAUUUAAAAGUUAUGAUAUUAUAAUAUAAUAUAACGUGUACUCUAGAUGAAGAAAUUAUGCGAGACGAUAAUUUAACCAUUGUAAUUAUGUAUAAACCAAACGCUAUGAUGUAUAUUAUAGAUCAAUUAUAAUUAUAAAAAUAAACAAAAUCACUCAUCAUUAUUAAAAUAAAAAUAUCUAU